AUGAUCUGUGUGGCCUUGCGUUCCUUCUGCUGGGACAGUCUCCCUCGGACCCGGUCCUUGUCCCGGCCCCAUCGGUCCCGGCUGCUGCGGUCCCUCCAGCCCUCGCGGCCCCUCAUGCCGUCGUCCAGAGUCGGGGAGCGAGGCGUGAGGGCCGAGCGAGACACGGUGGGCGGGAGGAUGGGGGAGGGGCCCACGGAGAUGGACAGGGAGAUCCGGGCGUGUCCAGGGAGCGAGGAGGUGUGUCCUGCAGCAGGACCGUCCACAGAACAGGUCUACAGAACAGGUCCACAGAACAGGUCUACAGAACAGGUCUACAGAACAGGUCUACAGAACAGGUCUACAGAACAGGUCUACAGAACAGGUCUACAGAACAGGUCUACAGAACAGGUCUACAGAACAGGUCCACAGAACAGGUCUACAGAACAGGUCUACAGAACAGGUCCACAGAACAGGUCUACAGAACAGGUCUACAGAACAGGUCCACAGAACAGGUCUACAGAACAGGUCUACAGAACAGGUCUACAGAACAGGUCCACAGAACAGGUCUACAGAACAGGUCCACAGAACAGGUCUACAGAACAGGUCUACAGAACAGGUCUACAGAACAGGUCUACAGAACAGGUCUACAGAACAGGUCUACAGAACAGGUCUACAGAACAGGUCCACAGAACAGGUCCAAAGAACAGGUCUACAGAACAGGUCUACAGAACAGGUCCACAGAACAGGUCUACAGAACAGGUCUACAGAACAGGUCUACAGAACAGGUCUACAGAACAGGUCCACAGAACAGGUCUACAGAACAGGUCCACAGAACAGGUCCACAGAACAGGUCUACAGAACAGGUCCACAGAACAGGUCUACAGAACAGGUCCACAGAACAGGUCUACAGAACAGGUCUACAGAACAGGUCUACAGAACAGGUCUACAGAACAGGUCCACAGAACAGGUCUACAGAACAGGUCUACAGAACAGGUCUACAGAACAGGUCCACAGAACAGGUCCAAAGAACAGGUCCACAGAACAGGUCCACAGAACAGGUCUACAGAACAGGUCUACAGAACAGGUCUACAGAACAGGUCUACAGAACAGGUCUACAGAACAGGUCUACAGAACAGGUCUACAGAACAGGUCCACAGAACAGGUCUACAGAACAGGUCUACAGAACAGGUCUACAGAACAGGUCCACAGAACAGGUCUACAGAACAGGUCUACAGAACAGGUCUACAGAACAGGUCCACAGAACAGGUCUACAGAACAGGUCUACAGAACAGGUCCACAGAACAGGUCCAAAGAACAGGUCUACAGAACAGGUCCACAGAACAGGUCCACAGAACAGGUCUACAGAACAGGUCUACAGAACAGGUCUACAGAACAGGUCCACAGAACAGGUCUACAGAACAGGUCUACAGAACAGGUCUACAGAACAGGUCUACAGAACAGGUCUACAGAACAGGUCUACAGAACAGGUCUACAGAACAGGUCCACAGAACAGGUCUACAGAACAGGUCUACAGAACAGGUCUACAGAACAGGUCUACAGAACAGGUCUACAGAACAGGUCUACAGAACAGGUCUACAGAACAGGUCUACAGAACAGGUCUACAGAACAGGUCCACAGAACAGGUCCAAAGAACAGGUCUACAGAACAGGUCUACAGAACAGGUCCACAGAACAGGUCUACAGAACAGGUCUACAGAACAGGUCUACAGAACAGGUCUACAGAACAGGUCUACAGAACAGGUCCACAGAACAGGUCCAAAGAACAGGUCUACAGAACAGGUCUACAGAACAGGUCCACAGAACAGGUCUACAGAACAGGUCUACAGAACAGGUCUACAGAACAGGUCUACAGAACAGGUCUACAGAACAGGUCCACAGAACAGGUCUACAGAACAGGUCUACAGAACAGGUCUACAGAACAGGUCUACAGAACAGGUCUACAGAACAGGUCUACAGAACAGGUCUACAGAACAGGUCCACAGAACAGGUCUACAGAACAGGUCUACAGAACAGGUCCACAGAACAGGUCUACAGAACAGGUCUACAGAACAGGUCCACAGAACAGGUCUACAGAACAGGUCCACAGAACAGGUCCACAGAACAGGUCUACAGAACAGGUCUACAGAACAGGUCCACAGAACAGGUCCACAGAACAGGUCCACAGAACAGGUCCACAGAACAGGUCCACAGAACAGGUCUACAGAACAGGUCCAAAGAACAGGUCUACAGAACAGGUCUACAGAACAGGUCCACAGAACAGGUCUACAGAACAGGUCUACAGAACAGGUCUACAGAACAGGUCUACAGAACAGGUCUACAGAACAGGUCCACAGAACAGGUCUACAGAACAGGUCCACAGAACAGGUCCACAGAACAGGUCCACACAGAACAGGUCUACAGAACAGGUCUACAGAACAGGUCUACAGAACAGGUCUACAGAACAGGUCUACAGAACAGGUCUACAGAACAGGUCUACAGAACAGGUCAACACAGAAACAGGUCUACAGAACAGGUCUACAGAACAGGUCCACAGAACAGGUCUACAGAACAGGUCUACAGAACAGGUCUACAGAACAGGUCUACAGAACAGGUCUACAGAACAGGUCUACAGAACAGGUCUACAGAACAGGUCCACAGAACAGGUCUACAGAACAGGUCCACAGAACAGGUCCACAGAACAGGUCUACAGAACAGGUCCACAGAACAGGUCCACAGAACACAGAACAGGUCCACAGACAGAACAGGUCUACAGAACAGGUCCACAGAACAGGUCCACAGAACAGGUCCACAGAACAGGUCACAGAACAGAAACAGGUCUACAGAACAGGUCUACAGAACAGGUCCACAGAACAGGUCUACAGAACAGGUCCACAGAACAGGUCCACAGAACAGGUCCACAGAACAGGUCCACAGAACAGGUCCACAGAACAGGUCUACAGAACAGGUCUACAGAACAGGUCCACAGAACAGGUCCACAGAACAGGUCCACAGAACAGGUCCACAGAACAGGUCUACAGAACAGGUCUACAGAACAGGUCCACAGAACAGGUCUACAGAACAGGUCCACAGAACAGGUCCACAGAACAGGUCUACAGAACAGGUCUACAGAACAGGUCCACAGAACAGGUCCACAGAACAGGUCCACAGAACAGGUCCACAGAACAGGUCUACAGAACAGGUCUACAGAACAGGUCUACAGAACAGGUCCACAGAACAGGUCCACAGAACAGGUCCAAAGAACAGGUCCACAGAACAGGUCCACAGAACAGGUCCACAGAACAGGUCUACAGAACAGGUCUACAGAACAGGUCUACAGAACAGGUCUACAGAACAGGUCUACAGAACAGGUCUACAGAACAGGUCUACAGAACAGGUCUACAGAACAGGUCUACAGAACAGGUCCACAGAACAGGUCCAAAGAACAGGUCCACAGAACAGGUCCAAAGAACAGGUCCAAAGAACAGGUCUACAGAACAGGUCUACAGAACAGGUCUACAGAACAGGUCCAAAGAACAGGUCUACAGAACAGGUCUACAGAACAGGUCUACAGAACAGGUCUACAGAACAGGUCUACAGAACAGGUCCACAGAACAGGUCCAAAGAACAGGUCCACAGAACAGGUCCACAGAACAGGUCCACAGAACAGGUCUACAGAACAGGUCUACAGAACAGGUCUACAGAACAGGUCUACAGAACAGGUCUACAGAACAGGUCUACAGAACAGGUCUACAGAACAGGUCUACAGAACAGGUCCACAGAACAGGUCCAAAGAACAGGUCCACAGAACAGGUCCAAAGAACAGGUCCAAAGAACAGGUCUACAGAACAGGUCUACAGAACAGGUCUACAGAACAGGUCCAAAGAACAGGUCCACAGAACAGGUCCAAAGAACAGGUCCACAGAACAGGUCCAAAGAACAGGUCUACAGAACAGGUCCACAGAACAGGUCGAAGAUUCGAUAA